AUGAAUGAGGAGACUGGGGAGAACAAAUACAUGUCUGCUCUACCCUUCCCCCAAAAGCAAAGUAGAGAAAAGCUGGACAAACAAUUCGGGCGCUUUCUAGAAGUGCUCAAGCAGGAGAUAUUGCCCAAGAAGCGGAAAGUGGAAGAGACAUCGGUGGCCAAGCUCAUAGAGCAUUGUAGUGCCAUUCUGCAAAACAAGCUCCCUAAAAAAUGUAGUGAUCCACGGAGUUUUACUAUACCAUGCUCUUUAGGAAGUGAAGUCUUUGUGAAAUUGGAGGUAGAGAUUGGAGAAAUCAGGUCGAUACCUGUGUCAUUGCAGCUGGCGGAUCAUACCGCAAUCAUACCUGAAGGAAUAGUGGAAGAUGUGCUAGUUCGGGCGGACAAGUUUGUAUUCCAUGUGAACUUCAUUGUGGUGAACAUGGAGGAGAAUAGGGAGGUCCCGCUGAUUUUAGGAAGAUCAUUCUUGUCUACGGGCAGAGCAAUUCUGGAUAUUCAGGAAAGGCAGCUCAUGCUCAGAGUGGGAGAAGAAAGGCUGAUCUUCAAGAUGGAAGGAGGGGGGAGGGGUAAAGGAGAAACUUGGAGAGAGUCAAAUGAAUAA